CUUAUGAGAAACAUGUAAAUUAGGUUUAAGUACCUGCAUGCUAAAGAAUCCAUUUUAGAACAUUUUUGGUAACUCGUUGAUUCAAAUGUACCGUACACUUAAGUCGAUUUCUAAGAGGCCUUACUUAUAGUUGCGCAAUAUCAUUCCAAAGUUGAGAAAAUAAAAUCAGAAGACGCAAAAUUUUGUAUAAUCUUAAAAUUAAAUGAGGACUGUUGAUUUUGUAUUAAAUGUAGAUUGUUCGCAAUAUUCCGUAUGUUAAGUGAUAAUCAAACGAUAGAAAAUGCAAAUAUUGUUAGUAUAUGUGUUAAUAAAAUUUGCCAAAUAGUCGUGUAAACAGCAUAAUUUGCGGGCAAAGUCAGACUGUCGUGACUAGCGACAUAAAAGAAAAUUGUCACCAUUUUUGAAAGUUCUUUAAAUGACAAAUGACUUUAAUUUCCAAGCGAAAUUAAUUAUCAUAAAAUCUUAGCUCACUAUAUUAUUCCCAAUAAUUUGUAAAUUUGCAGCGGAUUUUAAAUAGAAUAUAUCAAGAAAAUAAUAUAUAUAUAUAGAAGCAUAAAUAGCCAUCAUGAAAUAUAUUACUACCGAAAAGAGUGGCAAUAGCCACAAUUUGUUUGCUACGAAUGACGAUAUUCAUAAACGGAAUGAUUAUAGCAGAAAUAGUCCCAUAACAUUUGGUGAACAAGUUACAACAGUAACGAGCUUUUUUGAAAGUUGGAAUAAUUGCGAACGAACCGUAGUUAUGUAUGCUCUGCUGAAGCGUCUGAGAUAUCCUAAUUUAAAGUUCUUACAAUACGCUAUUGAUCAUGCUCUAACACAAAGUUUUAGCUCAGAAACUAAUCUGAGUAGCGUACUCAUCGACAUGAAUGCGAACAAUCCUUCGUAUUUGAAAAAACUAUUAAACGCCUACAAGACGUUGCAUUUGAACGACGCAGUGGAUGCUCUAACUGCGGGUACAUUAGACAAAGAUACCAUGCCCUGUUAUGGUUCUGAUUUUCAAAUUACAAAUUGCGAUGAACGUAAAUUGUACGAAAAAAAGAAGGAGAUAUUGAUUGAGGUUUUAAACAUGCUACCCCUCUUAAAGCCUGGAAAUAAUGACGCCAAAUUAGUUUAUUUGGCUCUAAUCCCGUCGACAGUGCGAGACACCAUGAAUCAGCGUGUGCCCACAGAGUUGGUUCAGCAAAUAUUUUCGUACAUGCUUAUUCAUCCUGCUAUAAGCAACGAAGAUCGAAGGUCAUUAAAUGUUUGGUUGCGACACUUGGAGGAUCAUCUUAUGGCUACUGAUAAAUUGGUAGAACCGAAAAAACGAAACAAUAGUAGCAUAAAUCAAAGUUUGGGUGUCAGCUCGGAUGCGUCCAUCUCAUCUGUUUCGUCCCUUACUUCGUCAUCCAUUUCCAAUAAUUCCAUGUCAUCUUCUGGGAGUUUCGCGCCAGGACACGGAAUACCACCAUUCACAAAGAGUCGAAAUGCUGAUUGGCAAACAAUUGCUCCACCAAGCAAGAGUCAUAAUAAUGUUCAACAAAACCCUAUUUCACAACCAAAUUCUCUACCUGACUGGACCAACUUCAUGCGGAAUAACAGUUGUAUUAAUAAUUUGAGUGAAAUAAGUUCGAGUAGUAGCGGCAGUAGUUGUACAAAUCGACGCAACAGUAGCAUUACUGAUCAACUCUGUGAUAAUUUCAAUGGUAUUAAUCUAAACGAAUUAGGAUCUAGUCAAAAUAAAUUGGGUUUGUCUUUGAACAUUGCGACAAUAGGUGUUGAUUCACAUGCGGAGGAGUCGUCAUUAGUGAAUGGUGUAGCUGCAGCAGCAGCAGCCACCACAAAUACAAACCCAGUAAUAUCUGGCCUCUUUAAUAACAGUAACAACCCAAUUAUAAAUAUAUUGGGUAGCAAUGGUCAUAAUGAGAAUAAUGUUUGCGAGAAUAAUAGCUAUAGUAAUUCCAACAACGACGAACACGAUACAUCGUUUUCAAAAAAUGGCACAGAAAUUAUCGACUUUGAACCGCAUAUAUCUAUAAACGUUGACGAUCAAUGCAUAAACGAUUCUUCAUCUUCCAUUAAUAAUGAUGCAAAUCGAAAGUCGCUGCAGCCACAAAUGGCCUACACAUCAAUGCCAAUAAGUAAUAUGAGCAAUUAUGAGCAAACGGAUAUGACUCGCUGGAGUUUAGACAGCAAAUUGACAGCGCUAAAGACACGCCGAUCUAAUAGUCUCACAACACAAACGUUAUCCACAUCGUCAUCAUCUUCGAAUUCCUCCGUAAUUACGGUUAACGACAAUUGCUCAAAUUCAAAUGAAAACUUGGCGCAAUUUGCAAAUAAACCGCGGAGCUUUUCACUUUCCAUAGAACACCAGCGUGGUGGCUUAGCUAACAGUGGUUCCGAUACUCGUCUGGAUGACUUUAAACCAGGUUAUAUAAAAUUUCAAAGCCGAAAUUUGGGCAUGUCAAAUAUUGGAUUGUGGCUGAAAUCUUUGCGCCUACAUAAGUACAUUGAUCUAUUCAAAAACAUGACAUAUGAAGAUAUGCUCUGUAUCACUGAAGAAUACUUGCAAGGCUUGGGAGUAACCAAAGGUGCAUCGCACAAAUUAGCAAUAUGUAUAGAAAAAUUGAAAGAGCGCACUAAUCACCUGAGUAGAUUGGAAGAGGAUUUGGUAAAUGGUCAAAUAAAACUACAAACUGUAGUGGAGGACUUGGCAAGCAUGGUACUUUCCCCAAUGAAACCAAUCGAAACUGGUGAUGGCGGCUCAAAUGAAGACAAUGUUGCUCAGAAAUUUCUGAAAGUCUUGGAUAUAGUUGGCUCGAUGGUGCAACGUGAAACUAACGCCCCUCAAGAUGAAGAAAAUAUCAACGUUUUAAUGUGGGUACUAGAUCGUGCCAUACACAGUGAGGCUUUUGUGAACCAUUCAAAUCAACUGAAAGAACUGAAAUUCAAACUUUCAAAAUAUAAAAUAUCAAUUGGUCACAAGGCACACCACGUCAAAAAUGGAAGCUCCGGAAAUUUAAAUAAAUCUAGAUGGAGUGGUAAAUCUCGUAAAUGUGAUAUAAAGAAUGGAAGUAAUGACCGCAUUAACCACAGAAAAAAUUCAAAUGAUUUGCUCAACUUCUCUGGCAGUAGCAUAUCACAAAAUCAUCAGCAUCAGCAUCACCACCAUGGCAGCCAAACACAAUCGGUUGACUACGGAAGUAUAGGCAGCAGCAACAGUGGAAAUAAUGGAAGCGCACAGCAUCAAUAUAAAAGUUCGUCAUAUCCAAACUUCAUGAACAACCAACAACACCAGGUCAAGCAACCACAUCAUAACCAUCAUUCACAAUUAUCACAACAACAACAACCAGAUCAAAAUACUAUUUUGCCCCAGCAUAGCCACUUUCCAACUUUGCCCCCACAUCAGCAUCAGCAGCAGCAGCAACAACAACAACAUCGAAGAUCUCUCAACAAUUUAAUAUUAGUGUCAGGUGGAGCUCAACAACCCCAAAAAAUGGUCUUUAAACCUGGUCAAGGAAUUGUACCCGCAGGGCCACCAUCAAGCGAUAGUCACUUACGUCGAACUAGUAUCACGGCAGCCAUUGGCAACCAGAAUUCUAUUAAUGCCAAUUUAACUUCAACAUAUAAGACAAGUCUAGCGAAUGUUAGCGGGAUGGCCGAUCCAGCACAGCAAUCACAGAGCUUAUCGCAACAGACCCAGCAACCGCAAAAGACAAUGGCGGCAGUGGUUAUGGAAAAUUUUUCAAAGUUCGAGCAACAUUUCACAUUAUUCUAGAAUGCGCAUUGAGAAAUUAAGUAAUCACAUGGAACCUCUGGAAAGCGACAGAAAACACAGUUCGGUGAAUUUUGUGAUUAUGAUGGCCGACCAUGUCGUUCGAAAUAAUGUAAAUGUUCCAAUUACAAUUUACCAAAUUAACAAAAAUAGAGCCUAAUUAGGAAAAAAUGCAUCGCGACAAUGAGACUGACUAAAAUUACUUUCUGGUACUAAGAUAUAAACGAUUAAAACGCUUAUAAACACUAUUGACGCUCAAUUGUUGACAUUUAUUCAAAUUGAAUACACAGGAGUUUCAUCAACUUCAGGCAAGUCUCUCGUACGGAAUGUAAUUGCUGAAUUUAAUUUUAAUUAAAAAAAGAAAAAAAAGUUAAAUACUAAAAUAUUAGACAACUUUAGAUGACACGAUACACUUUGAAUAUUUUGUCUUAUUAAUAAACACUGUGCAAAGCUGAACUUUGAUUUUAACACUAGGUAUGUGUGCAUAUAUUCGCUAUACGACAGUAGUAUGUAAGAUAUCAAAUAGAUUAAAAGAAAAAAACUAUUGUUAAGCUGAAAUUAUAUAGUCCUACAGCAAUAUUUGUAAACUUCUUGUCCAGCAUACCGACAUAAUGAAGUAACUUAAGAGUUGUCUUUAUAUACAUAUAUAUAUAUAAUUAUAUAUACUGUUAUAAGCCUUAUGAUCCAAUGAAUUGUGAGCUAAACCUCACGCUAAUGAAUGCUGCGCAAGUUAGGCCAAAUUUAUAUUUAUAGAGACAAAUCCCUCUUAAGGCCCGGGCUGCUGUUUAUAAUUUAAUUUGUAAAAUCAAUUUAUUUAGCAAUUUUAUUUGUUUAUAUUGUUAUAUUGUAUCGUAAUUGUAUUUAUAUUUGUAAUUGUAUAUACGUACAUACUUACAUAUGUUUGCCUUUUAAAUGUAUGUGACACUAGAAAAAUCAUGAGAAUUAGGAAGAUCACCGAACAAAGAGUUUACACAAAUACACUUUCGUCUGGCGGCUAAACACACGCGUUUGUGUAUGCCAUUAUGCCAAGCAACGCAUGAUUAGUUUAUAUAGGAACUGAAAUCGCCCUGCAUAAGAACCAAUUGACUUGAGUUUUUGAGUUGGAUAAAACUUGUAUGCAAGUUGUGAUCCACUGAGCACGCACUGUAGUAAAAUUUUAUGAUUAUUUUUAUAUGUUAGAACAAAUUUUUUCUAUCCCUAGCUAACAGAUUAGUUCGGCCGAUACCUUCAUUUUUUUCUUAUCGAGUGCAUGUCAUACAUUUUUAUAAAAUAUUAAACAAAAAAUUACAUUCGAAGGCAAGCGCAAAUAGUAAAGAAAUGCAGAGCAAAGGACGAUAACACAUGCUAAAGCUUGUAUUUAAAUAAGAACUAUUGACAAUUUGUGUUGAGAAAACUAAAAUAAAAAAAUAUCAGUCAGGUAUAUCAUGUUAGUUAAUUUGUUAAUAAUUUGUUUAUUUAUGAAACUGUAUGUUAGAUGAAUAAGAAAAAUUAAAAUAACUAACGACAUACGAAUCUUGUAUCUUUGUGUAGUACAAUAACAAAUUUAAACAGAUUUAAUAUCUAAUAUCGACAUAAAUAAAGUCUAUUUGGAUAACUA